AUUUAGCUGUGGCAGCCAUACUAGAUUCUGGCAAACACGGGAGUUUAGAAAGUUGAAGAACUUUUCGUUCUAAUGUGGUCGAUGGAAAUGAUCACAUGCGGCGCCCCAGUUGUACUGCUGUUCUCAGCACUGCAAUUUUUCGUAUUUCUGGGCUUUAUGGGAUGCUUCGCUAAGGGCUGAAUUUCUUCCAGACUACCCAUAACAAUCAUGGCGUCGUGUACUUUGCUAUUGGCUUGUUUGUAAUUAACUUGUGUAACUCGGUGUCCCUGAAAGAUGCAGCGUCUAUGCGUUCGGUUCCUCUGUGGGUUUAGAGUGCGGCAUUUUUGCUCGCAGCCCGGUCUCUCUUGGCCCAAUAUAGAGCUACGGGGCAAGGUAGACAAGUUCGGGGGAGUAACAGUGCGGCUGGAGCCCUCACACAAUUUAGGGGAAGCAGUUUUCGAGACAUGGUUACACGAAUCUGUGAAACAAUGGAGGGCAGCCGGCAGGAUUGCAGUGUGGCUGCAUAUUCCCAUCAUGCAAAGCAGACUCAUAUCCAUUGCUGCCUCUGAAGGAUUUACAUUUCAUCAUGCUGAACGCAAUGAAUCUACGCUGACUCUUUGGUUAAAGGAUGGACCAAGCAAACUACCUGGAUAUGCUACACACCAAGUUGGGGUUGCAGGUGCUGUAUUAGAUGAGGAUAAUGGGAAAGUCUUGGUUGUACAGGACAGAAAUAAGACAGUAAACGCAUGGAAGUUUCCUGGAGGGCUUUCUGAUCAAGGGGAAGACAUAGGAGCUACAGCAGUUAGGGAAGUUCUUGAAGAGACUGGUAUUCAUUCGGAGUUUAAGUCCUUAUUAAGCAUAAGACAGCAGCAUAAUCACCCUGGGGCCUUUGGGAAGUCUGAUCUGUACAUCAUUUGUCGCUUAAAGCCAUUGUCAUACACUAUAAACUUCUGCCAUCAGGAAUGCUUGAAGUGUGAAUGGAUGGAUCUACAAGAGCUUGCCUAUUGUAGUAAUACAACCAUCAUCACAAGCAGAGUUGCUAAGCUUCUACUCUACGGGUAUAACGAAGGCUUCCAUCUGGUUGACCUAACCAUGAGGACAUUCCCAGCUGUUUACUCAGGGCUUUUCUAUUCACUUUACCAUAAAGAACUACCAGAGACCUAUGAAGGAAGUGCCACCCUUUUAUAAGCUUCACAUUUUAAUUCUCCUUUUACUACGGUACUCUACUUUUAUAGUAUUUAAGGAAUUUUCAUGUAAAAAUUCCAGACACUUAAUUUAGAAAUGCAUGUAUAAUAUUCAAUAUAUUAACGUGUAGAUUAAAUACUGAGUGGACAACUGUAGUUUAGUUUCAUCACUCUCAAACACUAGCUCAAGAGCCUGCACAAAUAUACAAUAAAACAAUGCUGUACCUCAGCCUCACAUUUAAUAUUACAGAUAUAAAAGGAUUUUCUGGUCUUAGAAAGGGUUUCUCUUGACCUAAAAAAAUCAGUCAUUUCAGAUCAGCUCUUUGCGGACAUUGGGAGAAAUAAAAUAGCUUUUUGUCCCGGUCCAGUGCUCGAUCCAUUUUUGUACUGCCCGGUUCGCUUUAGUGCCACAUACCAGCUGCUGUAUUUCCGAGACCGGUAAGUGUUGUAGUUAUUAGCUUCCAGUCGUUCAAAAAAGAAGCAUUCAUCUGUUAUACACCUCUGAAAAAAAAAA